AUGUGGCAGUCUUUGAAACAUAUCAACUGUGCAAAAAGAGGGAUAGAUGUACUCAAUGUUCACAAAUUUUUUCAAAUUUUAAUUAAGUAUUUACUAAGAUUUUUCAUUUUGAGUUUAGCCAGGAGAAGAAUUACCCAGUUAUCUGAGCAACUUCGACUAAAUCAACAAUGUAUAGAUCUUGCUUAUAAUAUUUACAAAAUGGUGUUAGCUAGACGAUUGACGAGAGGACGAAAAAAUUCUCAUGUUAUUGCUGCAUGUAUUUAUAUUGCAUGCAGAAAUGAAAGAACUCCUCAUAUGCUAUUGGAUUUAAGUGAUGUUUUACAGGUAAAUGUUUAUGAGCUUGGAAAAACAUAUUUAAAGUUUGUCAGUGUCCUAUGCCUUAAAUUUCCUGAAUUAGAUCCUUGUCUAUAUGUACCUCGUUUUGCACAUCAGUUAGAAUUUGGAAAUAAAACACAUGCUGUAAGUACAACUGCAAUGAGACUUGUACAGCGGAUGAAAAGAGAUUGGAUGAAUACUGGAAGACGACCAUCAGGUUUAUGUGGUGCUGCUCUGUUAGUGGCUGCUAGAUUGCAUGAUUUUAAUAGAACAAUUAAAGAUAUCAUUAAAAUUGUCAGAGUUUGUGAAGCUACUGUAAGAAAGAGGCUAACAGAAUUUGGUGAUACACCCACAAGUCAGUUGACAUUGGAUGAGUUUAUGAAUAUUGAUUUGGAAGAAGAACAAGAUCCUCCUUCUUUUAAAGAAGCAAAAAGAAAGCAAAAACUCCAACAAUUGGAAGAAAGUGGUUUAGAAGAAGUUACAAAUAAAAUAACUGAAUUUCAAGAGUUGAUUGAAAAAGCUUUAGAGGAUAAAAGGAAGAAAUUCCGAGGUCCUUAUGCAAAAUAUAGCCAGUUUACUCCACAAGAGGAACAAAAUUUAUCUGAGAAUGACAUUACUGAGCAGUUUAUAAUGGAAGAAACUAUUGAAUCCAUUCAAGAUGUUGUUGGACAGGAUAUUACUAGUAGCAAAGAAGAAGUUGUUAGUGAAUCAAAUUAUACUCCAGUUCAUCCGACUGCUGCUAGCCUAGGUUUGAAGGAAAGUAUAGAAGAAUGUAUGCGAAAAAAGCCUGUAGAAGAUGAAGAAAGCAAUGAUGGUGAAUUGGACACUGUGGAUUUAGAUGAGGAAGAGAUUGAUUCACCCAGUAGCAGAUACAAGGAUGCUAUGAUAGCUUGUAAACAGGAAGAAAUAAGGCAAGAAAAAGAGCAGAUUGAGAAAUUGAUGGCUGCAGAAAUGAUGAGAGCUAAAAAAUUUCUUGCAGAAGCUAAUAAGGAGACUGGGGACAUUAAUGAGCAAUUGCAAGAACUGCAAAGCAAGAUAAUUAGAAAUGGAUUNGAUGCGAUGGAAAGUAUGAUAAGAGAUAAAAAGUUAUCCCGGAAGAUAAAUUACGAAGUACUUGAAAAUCUUUACACUAAAGAUACAAAACCAAAUGAAACAGAAAAGGAACCUGAAAAACCUGUAGCAAAACAUUCCAGACAAAGACCUAAAAUAGUUCAAAAAGGUGGAGAACCACCAGAAAGUAUUAAAAAUGUCAUGUCUUCUAUUUUUGAACAAAGCCAUAAACGAACAUCUUUACCAAUUGAUGAUGAUGAAGAGCACAUACAAAAAAUUUUCAAAAGAGAAAUGGAGAAAAAGGCAAUUGAAGAAACAAAAUCCAAAGAAACUCCAGAUAUUGAAAUUAUUAAAGAGGAACUUAUUAAAGAUGAUAAAAUUGUUUUAAGAGAAGACGACAUACCAGAAGAUGAAUUAGAAGAAUCAGAUUUAGAAGAGGAGGAAGACGAAAUGCAUUUAAGUGCUGCUCAAUUACUCGAGAAACACAGAGGAGAAGAACUUUAUUAUUCCGGAGGAGAAGAAGAAUAUUAUGAUUGAAACAAAUAUUGCUUAAUUUGUAAAUUAAUUUGUACAGUUUUUCUAUAUAUGUAAACAAUUAUGUGGUCUUUAUUAAAUAUCGAUCAAUUAUUGAAUUUAGAUUACCUGUUUAAAAUUUUAUAUACCAUAUACCUUAUUUUGAGUAUGCAUGCAUACAAAGGCUCACAGUACUAGUGUUUGGCAUUAAAAAAAAUUUAUUCAGAGAAAAUAUGUAAGAGGAAAUGGAAUUGAUUGUGACUAAUUUUCAUAAUCAGUGGCACACUUAUAGAAUUUUUACUACUACUUAUUUACAUGUUCUUGUAAAAGUUAGAACAAUAGAAUUAUGAAAGAUUAUCAGUGAAGAUACAAUUAUAAAGGGCUUCCAGAAAUGUCGAGUGUUUUUCUAAAGUCAUCGACAGAAACGCAUCAAUGUCUAAUCAAGUAAGUUGCCAAGUUUGUUUAGGAAAACUAUUUGUCAAGUUUGUCGUCUCUGAGACGUGUGAGCUCAGUGACCAAUCAACAAGAUAUGUCAGCAUUUUUCAUUUACACUGUGUAACUUUUAGGAACAUUUUUGGAGAAAGCAAUGACUAAGAUCACACACAUCACAUUACUGACAACUCAAACAGAACACAGGAUGAUAUACUGUUUGAGGAGGCCAAAAUCCACAACGUGAUGGAAUGACGAAAACAAAAGUAAUGAAGAGUCAUCUCAACAACUUUCCAAACAUUUUAAAUACAAAUAAAAUAAAUAACAAAAGGUCAAUUUGUAUUCGGGUCCUAAUUUUCAAAAAGUAAGGACUCCAAAAUUGGGAGUCCACUUAUAUUCGAACCUCUUAAGCCAUACAUUGCAAUACUCUUGCUCUUAUGCUUUAUUAGAUAUAUUAUAAAAAGAAACCAUAUGGUCGGUUUGAAAAGUUUAGAAUAAUUUAACUACAUCACAAUGUGCCGAAUCCCAAACGACAAUAACUAGGUGAAAUAAAAAAAAAAUUAUAUAAGCGGAUAUUUCGCCCGGUCUUUUAGCUGUAUUUUCACCCAAAAAAAUUUCUAAAUAAAG